AUGGAGAGGACAGGAAAAAUCAUUAGAAGAUCAAUCUACACCUUGCUGAAAGAUUUUGACUAUUACACCACCAAUCCAAUAAUCCUUUUGCUUCCCUUCUCAGCUUCUGUUCUUCUCUUUCAAUCUUGUUCACAAACCAAAUCAAUUUUCCUUGUUGCAAGAAUUUCUUUGCUUGAUCUUAAUCUUUGUCAAGUGAUAUUAAGCUAUGUUUUUAAUCUCCCUUUUGCAUUAACCUCUCUUAUGAUGGCAAAAGCAUCCAUAAUCCUGUAUUUAGAUCACCAUAAUCACCAUAAACGUAGUGUUUCAUCACUAUAUAAGCCUCUUGUUUUAACCUACCUUUGCAAUACAGUUCAAACCAUAAUCAUCAGCACAGCCACCUUCCUACUUCUUGUUUUUGCUUCGAAUUUUGUUGAAAAUUUAUUGGGGCUAUCAUCGAGAAAUCCGCUUUUUGUUCUGGCAUCCAGAGUUGUUUUCUGUAUGGUUUUAAGCGAUAGCAUGAUCAUAGGCAACUUGGCUGUGGCUGUGGCAGGGGUGGCCGAGUGCACCGGCUAUAAGGCUAUCUACAGGGCUUGUUUGAUAAAGAAGGCCACACAUUCAAUGGCCUUAUUGUUGGCUUUUUCCAUCAAUUUGGGACUUGCUGCUAUUGCUUCCUUGUUUCAGUACAGGGUUGCAAGAGCUUACCAUCUUAGUGGAAGGCCUAAUGUGUCUAUGGUUGUGGAGGGAUGGUUGAUAUGUAAUAUGUUUUCUCUUCUUAUAGCACUUGAUACAAUUGCUUCUUGUUUGAUUAUCAAGAGCUAUGAAUCAGAUCAUUUUGGGCGAGAACAAGAAGGAGUACGCUCUCCAAUAGAGAUUUUCAAAGAGGACAGCAGAAGUUUUGCUAGUUCACAGCGUUUAAAAGCGCUGCCCUGA